GAUAAACACACACACACACACACACACACACACACACACACACACACACACACACACACACAGCAGUAGCACAUUAGGAGCCAGACGACUACUGACAGUAUACUAAGCUGCUCCCAAGAUGAGGAGACCGAGUCCUUCGCUUCUUUUAGUAACUAUCCUUCUACAGGCAGCCACGACCAUCAGAGUGGAACGUGUGGUGGUACCUCCUGUCGUGCUGGCCGGGAGAAGGGUCAAGCUAGAGUGUCAAUACAAAGAAGAAGGUGAUAAGCUGUAUUCCCUUAAAUGGUGGAGGAAUGACGAUCAGUUCUACCAGUUUAUCCCCCCGGACAGAAAACACUUCAAGGUGCCUGGUGUGACGGUCAACUUCACAGCCAGUUACACCCUCAGUGCUGGCAGCAGAGGGCAGGAGGUGGUGGUCCUGGAGCCGGUGGACCUGGAAGCUGCUGGGGUAUAUAAGUGUGAGGUUAUGGCAGAUGUCAACUUCCAGACGGAGUUUCGUCAGGCGAAUAUGACUGUUAUGUACGCCCCAGAAGGCCCACCCAUCAUCACGCCGGGACCUAAGACGGACACCAGCAACAUCACGGCUGGACAACUGGUCGUCCUGAACUGUUACUCCUCCCCUGCCAGUCCUCCGCCCGUACACACCUGGUACAUCAAUGGCAGACACGUGGAGCCAUCAUGGGUAAAGUCCUACUCUCCGGUAUUCAGUGCAGGAUUAGCCAAAACCAAGACGCGUCUCCAGUUCUCAGCCACGACGCAGUUGGUGGCAUCUGGCAGGGCGCUGACGGUGACGUGCGAGGCUACCCAGAGAGUCCCUGGCGUAGUCAAGAGCAUGGGCACUGAAGGGUAUCUGCAGGUGGAGGAGGGAGGGGUAGGAGAGCCCCUACCCAGUUACAAGAAGAGCGCUCACCUCACUCUUCAGCCCACCCAACCUCCUUCCUUCUGGGAUCGUAUCUUCAGUGCUGGUUCCAGCGUACACGUUUGCUUGUACCACCACCACAGCCUGCUUCUACUGGUUAUCGCCUCAGCUUUCCUGGUACCUCCUGCUCUCACCAUCCCCUGCUGAGAUCUUCUUUCACCCUCCUGUUCAUUCUGAUGAUAAUUAGCGCUAUACAGUAAUAAAAAUCUCCUUUAUUUAUCCCGCUUGGCUGGGUAACUUCCGGCUCAGCGGAAGAUGUCUUCGUGUAAGGCUGUAUGAUGAGACCUCCCGUCGCGUGACCUUGAGACGUCCUAAUAAUGAGAUGUUACGACACGAGAGACUUUCUUGUGUUCUUUAUCCGGUGAUGUGAUCUUACGGAAUGAGAGGAUCACCUGAAAAUUAGGCACCCCAGCUUAUUUCACUUGAAGAUUAACCACCACAAUGCUAACCAAACCUAACCUCCAGGGCAAGUUACGGUGGUUAAACUUCGGGUGAAAUAAGCUGGUGUGCCUAAUCUUCAGGUGAUCCCAUGGGCAGAAAUAAAAAAGUAUCACGUUUUUGCAGUCAACGUGAAGCAGCCUCGACAGAUAACAUGUUAGAGCGUUCACAGUUAAGAAAAAUAAUAAUUAUACUGUUUUCCGUGGUAAGUUCACACCAGUUGGUAAGACUCCUCUGAUGAAUGUUGAGUUGAACAGGGAAAAUUGCCCUGGUAAUUAAGUUAAAUUCAGCCGAUAACGAAUUCAAGAUGACUGGCAAAGAAUUUUCAUGGUGGUAAAAUUACCGAAAUUUUAAGAUAGCCGGCAAAGCAUUCACAA